GGCAAUCUGUUUGCCAGUUUACAGUGCUCAUUGAUUAGUGCCUCUGAAGGAAGGAAACUCUGAAUGUCUUACCUGGAAUGAGACAACUGUAUAGGCUUUCUUUGAUCCAUUGUCUGGGUUCAGGUUAUUGACUUCAGUAAAGCAGGAGUUGAAGAAUUACUUCUUACCUUGAUCUACUCAAUUAGACUGGAAAAUGAAAGGUUUCCUCACAGUUGGAGGAGAGAGUGUGCAUCUUGGCAUGAAAAGGAAACAGUAACAGGGCUGGAAUUAAUUGCAAUGUCCCACUGAAGUGACCAGGCACGUACUCAAUCUAUACUCGCUCAAGUUUGUGAAAUGUGGCUAUGCUGGCUCCAAUUUUCCAGAGCACAUUUUUCCCGCGUUGGUGGGCCGUCCCAUUAUCCGAUCCACUGCCAAAGUUGGGAAUAUUGAGAUCAAGGAUCUGAUGGUGGGUGAUGAAGCCAGUGAAUUACGUUCUAUGUUAGAGGUUAACUAUCCUAUGGAAAACGGCAUUGUUCGAAACUGGGAUGACAUGAAACAUCUGUGGGAUUAUACUUUUGGCCCAGAGAAGUUAGAUGUCGAUUCCAAGAAUUGCAAGAUUCUUCUAACUGAACCACCAAUGAACCCCACAAAGAAUAGGGAAAAGAUAAUUGAGGUGAUGUUUGAAACCUAUCAGUUUAGUGGAGUCUACAUUGCUAUUCAAGCUGUACUCACACUGUAUGCUCAAGGUUUGCUGACUGGUGUGGUUGUGGACUCAGGUGAUGGUGUGACACACAUCUGCCCCGUGUAUGAAGGGUUCUCACUGCCACACCUAACGCGGAGGCUCGAUAUUGCUGGCCGGGACAUCACCCGAUACCUCAUUAAGCUGCUUCUCCUGCGAGGUUAUGCCUUCAACCACUCUGCUGAUUUUGAAACAGUUCGUAUGAUGAAGGAGAAGCUAUGUUAUGUGGGUUACAACAUUGAACAGGAGCAGAAACUGGCGUUGGAAACUACGGUAUUGGUGGAGUCCUACACGCUUCCAGAUGGCCGUGUGAUAAAAGUUGGAGGAGAGCGGUUUGAAGCUGCUGAAGCCUUGUUUCAGCCUCAUCUCAUCAACGUGGAAGGUGUCGGUGUGGCAGAGUUACUCUUCAGUACGAUUCAAGCAGCUGAUAUUGAUACCAGGUCGGAGUUCUACAAGCACAUUGUCCUCUCUGGUGGCUCAACAAUGUAUCCUGGGUUACCAUCCCGCCUGGAGCGUGAGCUCAAACAGCUGUACCUCGAGCGUGUUCUCAAAGGGGAUGUUGAGAAACUUUCUAAAUUCAAGAUCCGUAUUGAAGAUCCACCUCGGCGCAAACACAUGGUGUUUCUGGGAGGAGCUGUCCUCGCUGACAUCAUGAAGGAUAAAGAUAGUUUCUGGAUGACCCGACAGGAAUAUCAGGAGAAGGGGGUUCGAGUCUUGGAGAAACUUGGAGUGACUGUUCGAUAAAUUCACAUGUUUGUUCCAACGGUUCUCAUUGCUUUUUGUUAUUUCUUGCUCCUCUUUAAAUCAUUUGACUAUUUGACCUGGAGAAGCUUCUGCCCUUUUGACUCCUGGGGUCAGCUUUUUUUUUGUUUUUGUUCACUGGUACUGCUGGUUUCCUGGGAGAGCUUUUUUCCAUGUUUGUCAACUUCCCUGAAAUCUAAAAGUAUCUAACUUGACCAUUUCCUUACAAACAAAAUGAGGGAAGAGCCUGGGAUUGGGUGGGGAGAUGGGGGGUG